UAAUCCUGCCUGUCCCCACAGAAGGUCCUGGCCAUGGCGGUGCAGGACCCCCGCCCCAACCACACCAUCUACAUCAACAACCUCAACGAGAAGAUCAAGAAGGACGAGCUGAAGAAGUCCCUCUACGCCAUUUUCUCCCAGUUUGGGCAAAUUUUGGACAUUUUGGUGUCGCGCAGUCUCCGCAUGCGGGGCCAGGCCUUUGUCAUCUUCAAGGAGAUGAGCAGUGCCACCAAUGCCCUGCGCUCCAUGCAGGGCUUCCCCUUCUACGACAAACCCAUGAGGAUUCAGUACGCCAAGACGGACUCGGACAUCAUCGCCAAGAUGAAGGGAACGUUCGUGGAGCGGGAGCGGGACCGGGAGCGGGACCGGGAGCGGAAACGGGACAAGCGCAAGGCCAAGGGCGGGGACGCGCCCGGCCCCAAAAAGGGCACCGGGGCACAGGGGGCACAGGGCACAGUGCCUGGGAUGCCGCCGCUGGCGCAGCCGCCCCGGAUGCUGCCACACCUGGGGGGGCAGCCGCCCUACAUCCCCCCCCCGGGCAUGAUCCCACCCCCGGGAAUGGCCCCAAACACCGGGAUCCCCCCAGGAAUGGCCCCAAAUCCUGGAAUGGCCCCGAUGCCAACCCCACAACCUCUGUCGGAGAACCCCCCGAACCACAUCCUAUUCCUGACCAACCUCCCCGAGGAGACCAACGAGCUGAUGCUGUCCAUGCUCUUCAACCAGUUCCCGGGGUUCAAGGAGGUGCGCCUGGUGCCCGGGCGCCACGACAUCGCCUUUGUGGAGUUCGACACUGAGGUGCAGGCGGGCGCUGCCCGCGAGGCCCUGCAGGGCUUCAAGAUCACCCAGAGCAACGCCAUGAAGAUCUCCUUCGCCAAAAAGUGACCCCAAAACCUGCCCAAACACCCCCAAACCCCAAAAAAAAAGGGCCUGGAACACCCCAAAAUUCCAGAGAAACGGCUCAAAACCUCCCGGAACACCCCAUAUCCCUUCAAGCUGCCCCAAAAUCAACUAGAAACACCACCAAAUCCCUCCAAACCACCCUAAAAUCCCGCCAAACCUCCCCAAAAUCCCUCAGAGUUGCCCCCAAAUAUCCCAGAAUUGCUCAAAACCAGCCCAAAACACCAAAAAUCCCAGAAAUCCCAAAUCCCAUAGGAACACCCCAAAAUCCUCGAAAAGUGGUCCUGACCCUGCCCCAAACCUCCCAUCUGCCCCGACUCCCCCAGGUAAGUUCAGCUCGGCCCAAAUCCUCCUUUUUUAUCCGAAAUCCUUUUUUUUAUCCCAAAUCCUCCUUUUUCAAACCCCAAAAUCCUUAUUUGUGCACCCUAAAUGUCUUUUUAGACCCCAAGUUCUCCUUUUCACACCCCAAAUCUUUUGUGCAUCCCAAAUCCCUUUUCCCACCCCAAAAUCUUCUUUUUCAACCCCAAAUCCCCUUUUCCUACCAAAAUCCUGACCUCAAAUUUUCAAUCCCCACCCUAAAUCCCCUUUUCAUCUCCCAAAUCUUUUCCAUUCCAAAAACUCAUUUUUCCAUCGCAAAUCCUCCUUUCACCCCAAACUCUUGUCUUUCCACCCCAAAUCCCCUUUCUAGGGUUCCCCACGUGUUUUUAGGGGUCCCCAGGGGUUUUUGGGGCUUUUUCCACCCCCAGCAUUGUACCCAGGGUCUCUGCAGACAUUGCACCUGGAGCUGCCCCCACCCCAAAUAAAUCCCAAAUCACCCUCAAAUCCCUGUUUUUUGGGGUUCUCCAUGAGUUUUUGGGGAUUUUCCCAGCAUUGUACCCAGGGUCUCUGCAGACAUUGCACCUGGAGCUGCCCCCACCCCCAAUAAACCCAAAAUGAA